UCAUAGUAAAUUAAUUAUUAAAUAAAUAAAAUGGAGAAUAAUUGCACUCUGUAUUUCCAGGCAGAUAUUCAACCUCAGUAUAGACUUGAGCUGCAUGUAUUUCAGCCAAUAAAUGUUAUAAUAAUUCCUGAUUGGGAGAUAGCUUCAUCCAUGAACGAGUACUGUAUGUGUAACCUGGGACCUAAUUCUUCUUGAGUUGACAAAAAUGUUAUUUCUCCUCAUGAGCACCAGCCAAUUAGAAAUAGCUCUAUCUCCUCACAAAUUAUUGAAGAAAUGAAGCCGAGUUUUGCUAAAGCUGAAAGAAACAGACGAAGGAGGGCAGCCAGACUCACCAACACUCAGAGAACUAUCUACCUCAGACGAAAGCUAGUAGAUCUUUGUCGAGAACUCGAUUCCAUUGACGAUCAGGAUAUAACUGUGGUGUAUGGGCAGUCCAAGAUUGCAAGCAUUUCUGUUAGGCCAAGCAACAGAAGAUCUCGCUUCGUUGGAGUGUUCAAGAACACCUCCAAAUGGCAGGCUCUCAUUGACAUUUCAUCAUGGAAAACCUACAUCCAGACGUACUCGACUGAGCAAGAGGCUGCCAGAGCUUACGACUUGAUGUCUCUGCUGCUAAAAGGCUUGAGAGCUCUCACCAAUUUCGAUUACUCGAAGGCAGAUAUUUUAGAAUUGUUCACCACUCACUCAGACAUAAUUGACAAGUUUUGCUCAUAAUGUUUCAAUCUCGGAUA